AUGGAGGCGGAGGCGAAGGCUUCGUCGCGUGCCGGCGACGCGGAAGAAGAUGUGCCUAUGAGUGAAGAGGAAGGCGAGAGUCUCAUGAAGGACUCUGGCAACCUCGUCGGCAUGGAUAGCAGCGACGAGGACGAAGACGAGGAGGACGAGGAGGAGCAGCGCCGCGUCGCCGAGGGCUUUAUCGUCGACGAGGACGAAGAGGGCGGCGACGCGUCGCAUAAGCGCAAGCGCCGCCACCGCAGGCGCGAGGCGGACGAUGAGGAGCUCGACGAGGACGAUCUCGCGCUCCUCCAGGAAAACCAGGGACCGGUUCCUGGUGUUGGUCCCCACAAACGCGCGCGUCCGGACGGCGAACAAGAGCGCGAGGCGGACCUGGCUCAUAUCUUUGACGACGAGGAGGACGAGGCGCUUCCUUCGGUCGCGGGUGCGAUCCGCGACUCGAUGGAUCAGGCACGCGGCGACUACGACGACGACGAGCUCGACGACUUUAUCGAAGACGACGAGGACGACGAGCUCCAGGGUCUCGACGAGGAGGCGCGCGAAGAGCGCCGACGUGAGCGCCGCGAAGAGCGCCGUCGCGCACGCCUCUCGGGCGCGCGUGUCGACCCGCUCAAGGUCGGCAUCGAUCCAGAAGCCUGGGACGAGAUCCACGAUAUCUUUGGCAACGGCGAGGACUAUGCGUGGGCACUCGGCGAAGAAGAAGAGGAAGAAGAGGCCAAGAAGGGCAAGAUGGAGUACAAAGAUAUCUUUGAGCCCGCACAGAUCCAGGAGCGCAUGCUUACCGAGGAGGACGACCGCAUCAAGCAGGUCGAUAUGCCAGAGCGCCUGCAGCUCGCGAUUCCGGGCGAGGAGGGCUUGCGUCUCCUUGAGCAGCCGCUGAGCGAGGCAGACCUCGACGAGGCGGCCAACUGGGCCGCUCCGCGCAUCUCGCCGCGGUGCACCGCCGAGUUUCUGGAAGACGGCGCACACGGCCGACUGCGUGCUGAGUGGCACCGCUGCGUGCGCACCAUGCUCGGCUACAUGCUGAACGAUUAUCUCGAGGUGUCGUUCCUUACGCAGCACCGCCUCGACGAGCUGGAGCAUACGCAGUUUAAUGAGGCGACCCGCAAGCACGAUACGACGACGCUGCUGGUGCGCCAGGAGCUCCUCACGCUCAGCACGCUCGGUAUCAAGUACAAGCUCUUGCGUGCACGAAAAGACACGCUGCGCCACACCUUUGGCCAGCUCACCACGGCGCUCGGCGAAGAGACCAUCGCGCCGGUGCGGCCCUACUUUGACGAGCUCUUGACGCAUGCCGCGAGCUUUGAGGAAGUGUCGGACAUUAACGAGUGGCUUGCCAUGCGCUUUGGCGAGCGUUUCCGCGACGCGACGGCGAUCACCGAGGCGGAAGUCACCAAGCCGCUGCUCAAGAAGCCCACCAUCGUCUCGGAGUACGAGCGGUUAAAGUCGACACCGGUCGCAAUGCUUGCCGUCCGCCUCGGCCUCGACGCGCAGCAGCUCGCCGCCAACGUCGUGGCGGGUGCGCGCACGCACAUUCCGGAGGACGCCGCGGUGCCCCCGACCGAGAUCGCCGACGAGUACGUCGACGCGUCGCGGGGCGUGUCGUCUGCCGAGCAAGCGCUGCACCUCGCCCGCACGCUCCUCGCGCACGAGCUCGGGAAGGAGCCGCUGCUGCGCCGCGACGUGCGCCAGCUUUUCAAGACCUGUGCGUUGCUCGACGUCGAGCCGACCGAGCGGGGUAUGACGCGCAUCGACGAGAACCACCCGUACUACAACUUCAAGUUUCUGCGCGCGAAGCCUGUCGCGGCGAUUCUGCAAAACGCGUCGCAGUUCCUCCAGAUCCUGCACGCAGAGGAGGAGCGCCUCGUGCGCAUUACGCUGCGUCUCCCGACGGAUGUCGCGAACCGCUUCGAGGAGCGUCUGCAAGAGCAGUACGUGAGCGAAGGCGUGAGCGAGGCGUCGCAGCGCUGGAACGCCGAGCGUGCGGCGGUCGUCGAGGAGGCCUGUGCCUCUUUCCUCCUGCCGCUCGGCCGUCUGUGGACGCGCGAGUGGCUUAUGGAAGAGUGCCGCGACGCUCUUUUGCGCCACUGCGAGCAGCAGCUCACCAAGCGCGUCGAGGGCGGCCCCUACCAGAGCGCCGGCAUGAUCUCGCGGAAUGGCGAUCCGAACGUCGAGGAGAUGGAGCAUGUGCCCCGCGUGCUUGCCGUUUCACACGGCAUCGGCGAUCCCCGCAAGAGCGAGGUGGUGGCCGUCUUUUUGGACGAAGAGUCGCGCUUCCUGGAGCACGCGACCUUUGACACGCUCCGUGCCCCGACGCACGCCCAAGCCGAGGCGCGUGCCGAGGCGCUCGAACGGGGCGAGGCGGUGCCGGAGGAUGCGCGCGCCGCUUUCCUUGCACUGCUCAAGCGCCGCCGACCGGACGCGAUUGUGGUGAACGGCUUUAGUGCGCGCACCGCCGAGCUCAGGGCGGCCGUGCAAGAGCUCUCCAAGACGGCGCACCACGAGCUCGUCUCCGACGAAGGCCUCCAAGGCAUCGCGAUCGAGCAUGCGCGCGCCGACGUGAUCAGUGUCUUUGACGACGUCGCGCGUCUGUACCAGCACAGCAAGCGUGCCGCGUCCGAGUUCCCCGAGCUGAGCGUGCUUGCGCGUUACUGCAUCGGCCUCGCGCGCUACGCGCAGUCGCCCGUGAACGAGUUUGCGGCGCUCGGUGACGACCUCGUCGCGGUGCAAUUCGAUGCGGCGCAGCGUCUGCUGCCCAGCGACCGCCUGCGUACGCACCUGGAGCGUGCGAUUGUCAUGCUGGUGAACGAUAUUGGUGUCGACGUGCACGAGGCGGUGUCGAACUCGUACGUACAGCACAUGCUGCCGUUUGUCGCCGGUCUCGGCCCCCGCAAGGCGCAUGCGCUCGUGCACGCGAUCCGCACCAAGCUUCCCGGCGGUGUCGUGAGCCGCGCAAGCAUGCUCCAGCACGCGAUUCUCUCGUUCAGCGUGUGGAACAACUACUGCUCGUUCCUGCGUCUGGAUGCCGACCUGGCGCAAGAGGCCGCGCGCAAGCUGCUGGAAGAGUCGGAGCGCGACGGGCACAUGGAGGACGCGCCGCGCGAGCUCGCCGACGUGCUCGACAGCACGCGUAUCCACCCCGAGGACUACGACUUCCCUCGCCAGAUGGCGCGUGACGCGCUGAACAAGCACGAGGAGGAUCUCGAAGGCGAGAACCCCAGCUUGGCGUGCCAGGAGAUUAUGCAGGACGCGCACCCUGCCGAGAAGCUCGCGACGCUCGACCUGGACAGCUACGCGACGAUGCUCUAUGAGCGCCGCGGUCUGCGCAAGCGCCUGACGCUCUUCUCCUGCCGCCAGGAGCUGAUCCGGCCGUUUGAGGACUGGCGGCCGUCGCAGACCCUGCCGAAUACCGAGGAGCUCUUUACGAUGUUCACCGGCGAGACGCGCCGUGCGCUCUCGGAAGGCUACGUGGUCCCGGUGAGCGUCGUGCGUGUGGAAGAGGGACGCGAUAUGGAGGGCUUUGUGCGCGUGCGCCUCGACUCGGGCCUCGAAGGAACGAUCGCGGGGCCGGAUAUCAUGCCGGGCUACAACUCGCGCGACGUGCGCCUCCGGCCCAUGUUCCGCCCCGGCCAGACGCUCAACGCGGUGGUGAUUGCGCUCGACAUGCAGGGAAUGCGUGCCGAGCUCUCGCUGCGCCCGGAGGCUUUUGAGCAUGUGAACCCUGCGCAAAACACCAUGCCGGUCGACACGAUGUACUUUGACCACGACCGUGCGCAGAUGGCGAGCGAGGCGGCGGAAGAGCGCGUGCGCCGCCGCAACCGCAACCGCAUCGGCUCGCGUGUGAUCGACCACCCCAACUACCACAACUUCAACUCGGUGCAGGCACAAAACUUCCUCGCGACGCAGCCCCGUGGCACGGUGGUGAUCCGCCCGAGCUCGCGAGGCAUGGACCACCUUGCGGCCACGUGGAAGGUCGACGAAGGCGUGUACCAGCACAUUGACGUGCUCGAGCUGGACAAGGAGAACGACCACGCGCUCGGCCGCAUUCUGCGUGUCGCCGACAUGGGCUCGUACUCGGACCUCGACGACCUGAUCGUGAACCACAUCCGCCCGAUGGCCAUGAUGGUCGAGAUGAUGACCAACCACGAAAAGUACAAGGGCGCGAACGAGGAGGAGCUGCACAGCUACCUCACCAACACCUCGCUCGCGAACCCGGCGCGCUCGGUGUACGCGUUCGGCCUCAACACGACGCGCCCGGGCUACUUUGACCUUGCAUUCAAGGCAAACGCGGACGCGCCGAUCCAGACGUGGCCCGUCAAGGUCCUGCCUGGCGCGUUCAAGCUGGGACACGCGACGCAGCUCGCCGACAUGGCGGCGCUCUGCAACGCGUUCAAGACGCAGUACGCCGCCCAGGCCAACGCCGCGGCGCGCGGCGGACGCACGCCGGCCGUGCACGGCGCCGCUACGCCGGGCCACUAUGGCUCCCGCACGCCAGGCCACUACGGCCAGACGCCGGCCUAUGGCGGUGCGACGCCAGGGCGCUUUGGCGGCGCUACGCCGGGCUACGGCGCGCCACCGCCCAUGUACGGCGGGCCGCCCGGCCCCCCGCCGGCCUUCCCAGGCCCCCCGCCGGUAAUGCCGGAGCGUAGGUGGUAG